AUGGCCAGUCUGAGGCCCAGCCGACACACCUGCAUCAGGGCGGCGUUCAGUGCAGCUGGCUUCCGGAAGUGGCAGAGACACGUUCGCCAUCGCCUUCAGGUCAGCUCCAGAAGGAACCUCAUGGACUUUGCGGAAGGCAUCUGGAGAGAGUUUUUAGAUCCUUAUGACGGUGACUCAGAAGACACUCCGGGUCAUUCCACCUACCGCAACUACCGCCAGCGUGCUUACCGCCUCCUGGGUGACAGGAACCGCAACACACCUUCCUACACAUUGAAGUUCAAGGUUGCUGAGGAGACCCGUGCGGAAGACUCACUCCCACCAAAGGCUCCAGAUCUCACUCUGAAAGCGUCUGGCUGGGCCCCCAUCGCCCUGGAGGCCAAUGAUGUCGACAUGCAGCCUGAGGGCGAACUGAAGGCACUUGACCCCCAGGAGGCCAACGGGUGGCCUGCCAGGCUGUCUCCAUCACCAGAGGACUGGAGGAUGACAAGGGUUGCCAACCCCCUCAUUCCUGUGGAGACCCCAGAGAUGAGCAGACACCUGCCGAGCAAAGCCAGAGCAUCAUGGCCACCUCCCAGACUUGGGAGUGAGAGAGACAAGGGGCCUAGGCUGCCACUUUCUAAGAGGAAGCUGGAGCUUUUCCUUUCAGAGCCCGAGAGAACUAAGAGGAAGAAGUAGUGAGAGCUGAGCAAGAGUCUGGUGCAGAUGCCAGAAGUCCAGGUCCCAUCUCCUCUCCAAUCUAGUGUCAUCCCCAUGGCAUGGACAAGGACCACAAGGUUCCCAAGGACAAAUAAAAAAGGUGCCACAAGGAGGUGCCCAAUCUUGGCAGAGCAAGGUCCACCUUGGGGCCAUUCCAGCACUGGCUAGGGGUCGGGUCUUGCUCAUCAGUGCCCAGGCUGGCCCUGCCAGAGAGGACAACAGGGUGGAUGGUGACUGUCUAGCAGAACUGACUCUUCUGACUAUAGGAGGGAGCAGGUGGGAGUGCUCCCUGGGGAGGAGGUGCUCCCAGAACCAGAAGUACAAUGAUGGGGCUGGGGCGAAACUAGUGUUGCCAGCACUCUCCCAGACUCGGGCAACAUCCUUGGAGGACAGACAGCAAGGAAAAGCCACAGUGGUUCCUGUGGGCUCUGCAGGGCAGAGUCACCUCCAUGUUCCUGUUCCUCAGGGAGAUAAUGUUGGCAGCUUUUGUUUAUAGUGAGAGUUGGCCACUUCCUCCUGUUCAUGAGCUUGCUGAGUCUGCUCCCAGAGCCCUUGGGGGUUAGGACAGUGCCUCUCUGUUAAGGAGUCCUUACAGCUAACAAGUGCCACACUUACUGUGGAAACCCAGAUUUGAGAACCAGGUUAACUGCCACCCUUACUGUGAGGCCAAGGCCACUCUCUCACCACGCUGGGGCAGUAUGGAAUGAAGUGUGGGAGAAGGGAUUGGUGGCAGGAUGUGUUUAGGACAGGAAAGGUGCCUGGGGGAUGGAAGUGUCAGAUAGCCAAGUUUCAGUCAACAACACAGUUGUAGGCAGGCUCGGGAUGAAGUGCAGUUCUAGCCUCGCCUGGCUGCUUCAGUGUCUGUGACCAUGGUGA